UUUGUCACUCCUCGUGUGUGAAUGAUGUAUUAAAUCUGCAUAUUAUACAAAAUUAAUAAAAAUGUAUCAUUAUCAUUGUUUACUUUUAAUUAGUAGUAUUCUUAUUUUAACAGUGCGUAUACAAUCUCAAGAUUCCAAAGGUCCAGGAAUAUCGUCAUGUUGUUUUUUUGGUGGACGCACUGAUUGUGGCCUCUCGAAUGUCUUAAUUACAGACAUACCAGGGAAGUGCACAUCUGUAAUUUACUCUGCAGUUUACAUGGAUUUAGAAUACUUUGCUACUGAUAGCUAUUAUAAAAGCGAUUUUACAAUUUUAGACUAUAUGUUGAAUAGUAGUAAGCCUGUAUUCAUAAACUACUUACACGAGAACCAACAAGAAUGGGCUACAGCGCUUAGUAAUAGUUCGUCUAAUGAAGGAAACAAAACAUUCGAUGAAAUGAAAGCCAUAAAGGGUUUUUUCGAAGAACAUCCAAAGAUUGCUGGUGUUAUACUUACAGGUUUACAGUAUACUGGUAAUAGUUCCAAUGAAAUUCCGGGAUUAUCAGAAAAUUUAAAAAAAUUUCUCGAAUUGUUGAAACAGGCUUAUCCAGAAUUAGCGGUUGGCCUUGAAUUACACGGAAGAGUUUUAAUAGAUCAAUAUACUACACCCAAGUUUGAUUGGUUGAAUAUCAAUGAUUUCGACUCCGUUAUGGAUUUUUAUGUUGUUUCUCUGGAAUUUUUUAACACAUGCUAUAGCGACCUAAGAGAUACUGGAACAGUUCCCAUGAAUGGAAUAGCAAAUUAUACAUUGGAUAAACUAAAAAAUGUCUUAGAGGGAGCAUGUUUUCCAAAUGAAAAAAUAUAUUUUAAAUUUAAAACAAACCCGGUAUCAACCAAUGAUAACCUUACUAUUUGUAAAGUGAAUAAUGAAGAGAUGUGUCUGUGUUCACAAGAAGCAAGUUUGUGGUGUGCAGAUACUCAAUUAUCAUACAAUGAAAAAGGUCAAUUUUCGAAAGAUUAUGGAGCUGGGUUUAUGGUUCGUUAUAUCGAUUAUGAUGAUCCUGAGAGUCAUUGUCAAUGUGCAACCCCUUAUCCUGCGUUCAACGCUCUUCUAGAUGGUUUUAAUAAUGUUGGAACACAAAACUGCCCUGGAAUAUCGUCGUGUUGUUUUUAUGGUGAACUCAGUAAUGCUGAUUGUGGUCUCUCGGAAGUCCUAAUUACAAAAAUACCAAAAGACUGCACGUCUGUAAUUUACACUGCGCUUUUUGUGGAUUUAAAUUACUAUAUUACUGACCCCUUGGUGAUCAACAAUGAUUUUAAAGUUUUAGACAGCAUGUUGGAAAGUGGUAAACGUGUAUUUACCUACUAUGGUCACGAUAAUCAAGCCCAAUGGUCUGAAGUGCUUGCUUGUGAAUCAUCUAAUGGAGGAGCAAACUCGUUAGAUGAAAUGAAAAGCUUAAAGGCUUUUUUUGAUAAACAUCCAAAGAUCGAAGGUGUUAUACUUACUAAUUUACUGUAUGAUCUUACUUCUUCAGAAUUUCCGGGAUAUACUGAAAAUCUUAAAACAUACCUUGAAGUGAUGAGAAAAAAGUUUCCAAAACUUGUAAUUGGUUUCAAUUUAAUCGGAGUUCUUUUAAUAGAUCAGUUUAUCAAUCCAAAGUUUAAAUGGUUAGAUAUUACUGUAAUAGACUCAGUUGUUGAUUUUUAUGAUGUUUCUCUGGAGUUCUUUAAUCCAUGUACUGCUGAUUUAAGAAAUACCGGAAUAACUCCAAUGAAUGGAUCUAAUACAAAAUAUACAUUGGAAAAAGUAAGAGAUGCCUUACAGCAGUUAUCUUUUCCAAAAGAAAAAACAUAUUUUAAGUUUAGAACAAGCCCAGUAUCACCUGAUGAUUCAAAAACUAUUUGUGAUGUGAAUAUUGCAAAGAUGUGUGUAGAUCCAUCUAUAGCAUGUGAUUGGUGUGCAGAUACUCUAUUGUCAUAUAAUGAAAAAGGUCAAUAUUCGAAAGAAAACGGAGAAGGAUUUAUGGUACGUUAUAUUGAUAUUGAUGAUCCUGAGAAUUGUUGUAACUGUGAAAAGCCAUACCCUGCGUUUCAUGCUAUUCUAGAUGGUUUUAAGGGCGUUUCAACAAAACCAUGUGAUUUAUUAAAUAGAAGUUAA